ACGCUUUGGGGAGGAUCGCGAGAGGAAGGAGGGAGAGAAGGUUCGCUAAGAGAGAAAGGGAAAAAGAGCAGAGGGGAAGCAACGCAGACGACAAAGUUGGAUGGGAUCCCAGUCGGUGCUACCGGCUCUCGCUCGUCCAAACGUUCCCUCGAAGCCCUGCUCUCCGCCGGUCAUUUUUUUUUUAUUCUCCCCCCGGCCUCCGGUCAGAGUCGUCCAAGUCAUCCGCCCGUUCACCAUCGCCGAGUGCUACAACCGGCCUGCCGCCUCCCAAAAAAGAACGACCCUGGAUUAUUGAUCGUGCCCAAGGCCGCAGCGAAGCUCUCGUCGUCGGCAUUUCGGUGAUCGGUGAGGGAUACACACGCAUGUGCUUCGAGAAAAGCCAGCUUCAGCGCCCACUCUGGAUUUAAAAGCGAUCGGCCCGUGCAAGCUCCUGAGUCCUCCGACGUCAUGGUAGUCCGAGGGCGUCGGGAUGAUGGGGCCAACGUCAACGCCAGUACUGCACUGCCCGGAGCAACCGCGGGUCUUCAACGGAGUGUGCUGUUGCUCCUGCUGCUGCCCUGAACGGCGUGCCACCGGAACGCGAGCGGUGUGCCCUGGGGGCGGCAUGUGGGCCGCCGAACUGUGCCCGCACAGCGCCGCUGCCGCCGCCGCCGCGGGGCCCAAGGAGAACCAGCAGGCGGUCAUCCUGGUCGCCUUUCCCGUCUGCCCGUCCAGAACGGCGCCCUGCUGCUGGAGCCUCAAGUCCUGCUGCCAGCCCCAACAACGAUCCUUCGUCCGCCCCAUGGACUCUCCGCCGAGGCCGAGGUACCCGCUGCCAGAUGACCCUCCGCCCAGCUACGAAGAAGGGUACAACAGUGGUGGCAGGCUCAUCAACAACAUCCCCACUCACCUGAGCCACGUCGCGGGUCACGUGGACUUGGGCCUUCACGUGACGGGCCAUCUAGUUGGCGGCCACACCGGCGGCGGUAGUACAAGCAACGAUGCGGACCUCAGUCGUGUCCAAGAGGCCCUACGGACUCUACGGACCAGCGGCUACUAUUACGAGGGCCUGUCCUGGCAGGAGGCGGACAGACUGCUGCGGGACAGAGCUGUGGGAACCUUCCUGGUUCGGGACAGUUCGGACAAUCGGUUCCUGUUCGCGCUCAGUGUACAGACGGAGCGGGGUCCGACCAGCGCGCGAAUCCACUACCGGAAGGGACAGUUCCGCCUGGACUCUGAGGACGCGCUGUCCUCGUGCAUGCCGUGGUUCUCGUGUGUGGUACGGCUCGUCGAACACUACGUGCAGCUUAGUCGGUCUGCCAAGGGACAGAUGUGCGUGUGGUUGGACGGUCAUGGCAGGAGAGACCUGCCCAUCAUGCUCACCAGGCCGCUGUAUAGGGAACUCUUGCCCCUGCAGCAUCUGUGUAGACUAGCCCUCAACCGUGCGGCAGCUUCGGCCGGUCCGGCGAAUGCCGCUCUAGCGACUAUGCCGGCAGCGCUUAGGGACUACGUGAAUGACUAUCCGCACCUGCACUGACCAAAGACGUGCGUCCUCCAGGACGUGUGACUCGACAGUUCCUAGAGAGACAAAGAACGUAUAUGCCUCGGGUGCCUUCUGGGACCAAGAUGAACGAGUGCCAUCUGUGGUACCCGCGAGCAACGCGGCGCUUGCGCCCCUCCGCGUGUAUCUGCGAGUGUGUCGCGUGUCGCGAGAGAUGGCGCCACUGCGUUGCAGCUUGCGUGGAAGCACAGGUCGGGCCAAUCGACGUUCCCCGGUUGUAAGAAGACGAAGAACGUGACGAGCAACAAAAACCUGUCUAGACGUGUUAUGUAUUAUCUAUAUCACAAAUGGGCACCUCUUCUUAAGACGGAGGCUUGCCGUGUACAUAGUGUAUAAUAGCUACGUAAUAUAUGAAAGAAUGGAAGUAAUUCACCGUCGUCGCAGGAAUAAAACCCGACCUUGGUAUUUCCUAA